AUGCCUUUUUUUCCUUCUAUUCCUUCUCUUCAUCCAAUCACGCUCAUUAUUUCGAGUCUUUCUUUCGUUCUUUUUCUCAAUUCUUUCGUCUAUUCAAAUUUACUUUUCAUUCCUUCACCACUCGCGUCAUUCAUUCUGAUUAGAUAUUUUCUUAAUCUUUAUUCCUUUUCAUUUUCUCACUUCUUCAUACUUUCAUUCUUUCUCUUCAUUCAUUCACACUUUCAUUCUUGCUAUCCUUUCUACACAAUUUCAUUCUCUCUCUUCAUUCAUUCAUUCAUUCUUUCAGUUUUACCUUUGAUUUCUUCACACUUUCAUUCUCUUUCUUCAUUCAUUCACCCUUUCAUUCUUGCCUUUCCUUUCUUCACACUUUCAUUUUCCCUUCUACAUUCUAUCACACUUUCAUUCUAUUUUUUUAAUCCAGUAAUUCAUUCAGUUUCUCACUUCAUUAAUUGUCUUUCUCAUUCCUUCAUUUUGUUCCUUUCCCAUUUAUUCUUUCGUUUCCUUCAUGUAGUCAUUGAUAUUUUUUCUUUAUCUCUUCUUUUUCAAUCUUUAAUUCUUUUUCUUUAUUACUUACUUUUUUUUAAUUUAUUUGUUCUUUCAUUUUUUUAUGUUCUUUUUUAUUUUAUUUCCUUCCAUUCUUUUCAUUUUUCACUCCUUUCUUUUUUCUUAUCAUUAACAUUUUUUCAAUUCUGUCUUUUUUUUACACUUUUACUCCAUUUCAUUCCUUUUUUUCUUUCAUGUUGUUUCCAAGACUUUUCUUGUCAUUUAUUCAUUCUUUUCAGUCUUCAAAUUCCUUCAUGUCUUCUUCAUGAUUUCCUCGCUUCUUUCUCUUAA